CAAUUAAAUGAUAUUAUUUAAAAAUGGAGACAAAUUCGAAGGUAUCAGAGAUUAAAAUAGUAAUAAAUUAAAUGGAAGUGGAACUAUAAAGUUCAAUGAUAGUAACUCAUUUUAUAAAGGAAAAUUUUUUAAUGGAAAAUUUCAUGGGGAAGGUCAAUUAAGUAUAAAUAAAGUCUCUUUGAUUGGUAAUUGGAUAAAUGGAUAACCUGAUUUAAAAAGUGAAUGGAAAAUUGAAGGACCAAAUUAUUAAUACAAGGGAUCAAUUAAUGAAGAAUUCAAAAAAGAUGGAUAUGGCACUUUGAUAUUUGAUGGAAAUAGUUUUUAUAAAGGAGAAUUUAUUGUUGAUAAGUAUUAAGGAUAAGGACAUUUAAAAACUAAUUAACUAGAAUAUAAAGGGGAAUUUUACAAUAGUAAAUUUAAUGGUAAAGGUCAAUUAAUUUGGUAGAAUUCAAAGUAUGAAGGAAAUUUUGAAAUGGGAUAAUUUAAUGGAAAAGGAAAAUUAGAAAAUAUUGAAGGAACAUAUAUUGGAGAAUUUUAGAAUAAUUAAAAAUAUGGGGAAGGAGUUCUUUAAUAUAAAAAUGGUGAUUCUUAUGAAGGUUAAUGGUUAGAAGAUGAACCUGAAGGAAAAGGGAAAUUAAUUUAAUGGAAUAAGAAAUUUGGUUGUUAAUUAAUAUAUAAUGGAUUUUUUGAGAAAGGAUGUCCAGAAGGAAAAGGAGAAUUAUAAAUAAUAACAGAAGGAUAAGACAUGAAAAAAUAUUAAGGUAGUUUUAAUGAAGGUUUAUUCAAUGGGGAGGGAGUAAUUAGUUUAGAUUCAAAUGUAAAGGUUGAAGGAUAAUUUUUUGAUAAUCAUAUUAGUGGGGAAUGCAAUAUAUAUUUUUAAAAAGAAAAUUAAAAGCUUGAAUGUUAAAUGAAGAGAAAUUAAAAAGAAGGUGUUUGUUCAAUGAAAAUAAAAGAUAUUUGUUAUUAAGGAAAUUUUAAAAGUAACAUAGAAAAAGUAGAUAGCAUAAAAUUUUAUAGUAAUUAUUGA